GGAGCCUGGUCAGCUUAUAGAAAAAGGGGAAAUCGCUUCAAAGGAUUUCCUAAAAGACUUCUUAUCAUGCUGGGAUCAUUCUGAUUAUCCUUCCAGGAUUGUGUACAGAGAGGAUGUAGUGGAGAGAAAGAGGGGGACUCCAGCGGUGGAGAGAUCUGGGGAUGCUUGGACACGGUUUUGGGUGAUUGAUGCCACCCUGCAGCGGUACAACAACACUGGAUAUGCACAGAAAAAGUGGGGGAAAGUGAGUUUCGGGGCGCACAGGAUGGACACUGCGGAGGUAAUCCUCUCUGUGUUGGUGGUUGUCAUUAUUAUAGUGUCGUUGCUGUCCAAUGUCCUGGUGCUGAUCUGCUUUUUGUACAACCCGGAGAUCCGUAAGCAGGUCCCAGGUCUGUUCAACCUCAACCUCACCUUCUGUAACUUGUUGCUCACCGUGUCCAACAUGCCGCUCACUUUGGUGGGACUUGUCAGUCAUGCUCAGCCUGGAGGAGACGGCUUCUGCCAGACCGUGGGCUUCCUGGAGACCUUCCUGUCCACAAACUCGAUGCUGAGCAUGGCCGCUCUGAGCAUCGACAGGUGGAUCGCGGUGGUCUUCCCCCUGAGGUACCACUCCAAAAUGCGCCAUAAAGACGCAGCGUUUGUGCUUGGAUACACGUGGGUGCACUCGGUGUCCUUUUCCACGGUGGCCGCGUGCCUCUCCUGGGUGGGAUACCACCGGCUUUACGCGUCCUGCACCCUGGCCAACCCCAGAGCGAACAGCCGGACCCAGUUUGUUAUCUUCACCGUGUUUUUCCACUCCUUCACCUUCCUCCUGUCUUUUAUAGUGCUGUGUUUCACUUACCUCAAAGUGCUGAAAGUGGCGAGGUUUCACUGUAAGAGGAUAGACGUGAUAACGAUGCAAACUUUGGUGCUGCUGGUGGAUAUACACCCCAGUGUUCGACAGCGUUGCCUGGAGGAGCAGAAGAGGCGACGACAGAGGGCCACAAAGAAGAUCAGCACCUUCAUCGGCACCUUCAUGCUCUGCUUUGCUCCGUAUGUGAUCACUAGGAUCGUGGAGUUAUUUCCAGCGGUGCCUAUCAACCCCCACUGGGGAAUUGUCUCCAAGUGCUUAACUUACAGCAAAGCAGCCUGCGACCCCUUUGUGUACUCUCUGCUCCGACACCAGUAUAAGAAGACGUGCACUGACAUCAUCAACAGGCUGCUGAAGCGAAGCUCAUUGAACGCAUCCGGGCGCAGACAAGAGAACCAAGGCAACAGCAUACCCACAGCAAACUGACAGGAAGCAGGGGAUGGUGGGAUACAGUCUGAGGGUCGACCUGGGAACAGUCAGUGAAAUAUGAAGCUGAUUUAUCGUACAUGAAGAAGAGAGCAAAUAUUGGUUGCUCCACGUCUGCUUGUAUUUUGUCUGACAUGCCCAAAAACCCAAAGUCACUACAGACAAGGGCAAACCAUGCGCGGUACCACUGUGCAUACUGAGCACCCAGAACUGCGGAUCAGUACAGUGAACCUACUGUGAGGACAAUAAGCAAUGGCAGGUUUCACUUCCACCUGGAGAGACUAAUGUGCUCAACCAAGGAGAACGACCAGUUCCAAGAAUCAUUAUUUGAACUACAGUAGCUUUCAUCUUAAUUUAAGAUAAAUUGCUCUUGCAGAAUAUUUGUUUGUUCUGACAUUACUGUAGUUUUUAUUCACAUUAUCUUUAAAACAAAACAAAAAAAAGGAUAAGAAAAUGGAUGGAUGUCUUUUUUAGAGUGUGUAAAUGACAAGUUGGUACAGUAUGUAGCACUGAAAACUAGCCUAACCAAAACUUGAUAAAAAAACCCAGACUUGAUGGGAUGAAACAUUCCUCAGAUCACACAUACUUUGGGUUGUUGUAGAUUUUAUGGAGUGUAAAGGUCAAUGAAGGAAACGGAUAAGGAGGCUUUUUUUGGUUCAUCGCCAUUAUUUGCGCUUUCAGCUCCAAUUUUGAAGGACUGUUUUGUGACCCAGCAAGGUCGAGGAUUAUUGGGUAAAAUUGGCCUUCAAACGGACUGCCUUUGCUGUCAUGACUGACUGUGUGCCCCUCGGUUGUUUAUUCAAGUGGAGCAUGAUUGACUGUACUUUCCCCUCUGUACUAACAGAGAGGAGUCAGUAGAGUAUGCUUUAUGCUUUCACACACAUUUGAAUGAGAUGGACAGGAAUGGAACACGGUACACGAUGUCUUUGUUUUUCUUUACUUGGCAGAGUGAUCACAUGAAAACUGAUGUCAUCAUGUGAUAUUGAACAGCAAUGAUGAGAAUCCAUACAAGGAUACAAACGCUUCUAAGAACAAAUCAGCUCUGGUAGCAGAAAUAAUCCCUUGUCUUUCGUUAGUUCUAUUUUAAAAGAAACGGCACCACCUAAUAUUUUUCUAUCUGCGUUACAAUUGAAUGAACAUGCUCACACUAUUUUAACAUUUGUCAGACUCAACAAAGGCAAGUGUGCCUUUCUUAUUGGAGCCUCUGAAACAGGCUAGUAUGACUAUGAGUUUUGACUAUGAGUCGGCUUAAUAGCUCAAUUAGAUUUUUAUGGCAUAGCUGGAUAUAUAAGUUAGUGCAAGGAGUAGAUAAUAUGAACUCAGUCUCCCCUGAUAUGACACAUCAUACUUCCAGUGAUGCCUCAUGAGUUUCCAUCAAACUAAACAAUUAAAUAUCUUAUUAAAAUUAUUUCCAUGACACUUCUUAAGAAACUUACUAUAAAACAAAGGCUGCUCAAUUUUUUUCAUUUUAAGGUUAUCAUUGGAAGUAAUGGUUUUAAACCGUCAUUCUAUGACCUCAUGUAGAAAUCUGUAAACUGCCAGCCGGCAACUUGACCGGACAAGACUAAAAUUUCCACAAGUAUAUUGUUUACCUACAUCUUUCUUUUUCCAGUGAUAAACCAAAAGAACAAAGACAAAAUCAAGGUUUUUGAAUAAUCAAAAAAAAAAUGGUUAGAAAAAAACUUUAUUUUUAAUAUAUAAUUACGUCAAAAUUAUUUUCGCGAUCUACUGGUUUUUGGUGUUUGCAUAAAUCGCCAUCACAUUGCAAAAUAUAUUACAUUAGUCAUAAUAGACAACUGAACGUAAGAAAUGCAACAACUAGUUUCUCUCAAUAGACUGAUGCAUUAUUUGACUUGUUGACUUGAAUUGACUUUAGCCCUGUCAAGUACCCUGAAAGCAUUCAUUUGAAAAGCUUGUCCUACCAACAGUAAAUUUAUGGAGAAUAGGAAAGGUUGUCAUCUGCAAAGAAAAGUUUUUUGUUCCAUUUUCACAGGCACUUUAGAUUUGUUUUUGCAGUAAGCAAUUUCAGAGUGGAAACCAUGACAUAGAUUAGUUACGGUUCAACCAGGCUGAUGUUCAUUGAACUAGAAGAGACAGACAUGCUUCAACAUAUUGAUUAUUUGUUUCUAGAGUUGCUUUGCUUCCAGGUAACAUUUGUAUAAUAAAAAGUAUUUUUCACAGUUAAAUAUAUGUACAGAAAUCAAAUUGACAUUUAUAGUGUUUUAAAGAAAGAUCCUUAGCAACCAGUAUGUGUUUUUGAAUGAGAUGGAUAGCUUUGAAAGGACGGCAAUACAACCUCUUACCCUCGUGUUGAAUAGACACAUGUUCUGUAUAUUUAUUAAGUCCCAGUGCUUGUGUUUUCGCUGUUGUUUCCAGGCAUUUCUUGAAUCCUAAGCCCGAGAGCCCUCUUGAUCGGCAAAGUGUUUUAUACCCACUAUGUUGUACCUAUUAUAUCCAUUUUCUGUAUCAGAAGACAGGCAGCUCUGUAUCAGAGGGCUUUAGACUGGGCUCCACUUGUUAUAGAGUUGUCAUACUGUGGAACGAAAGCCUAAGUUCAGAAAAGUUUAUGGACCUCUGAUUUACAGUUUACUCUGUUGAAUUUGUAUUUUUGCUGGAUUUUCGAUACACAAUGCAUUCAGACAGUGCACACAAAUGGCAAACAGUGACAUACUGUGGUGCCCAAAAUGAUCAAUGAUGCCCAGUGAGCCAAAUGUAGCUGCAAUUUAUUUUCUGAAAACAUCAGAGGAUACAUAAAAAAAUAUUUAUUAAAUUAAUUGUUGCUUUUAUUUUGUGUCCUUGACAACAAUAAUUCAUUAUUUUACAGUUGAGAAAUGGUUGUCUUGGACAUUUGAUGCAUUGUACUGUACUGUAUAACACUCCAAGGUAACCAAUGCCUUAAUUUUACAGUAGUUCAGAGGUUUAUUCACCAUGUAUGGCAUAAAGAUAGCUUGAAUUCUCUCGUGAAUCAACCAUUGCCUUAUUCACUUCGGUUCAUUACACACACUCAUGUAGAACUGGCUCUGUAGUUCUAGACCCUGAUUCUGUUAUUUGCUAUAUUCACACCAUUUUCCUCUGAUGUCAAGCUCAAGUUGGGACGUUUUUAAUGCUAUCAUAAUACUUUAUUGCAAUGUAGGUUGCAGGUCAUUAACUUUGGGUAUAAGGCACAUUGUGAUUAUGUGACUGUUUGUCAAUUGGGAUCAUUUGACUGCUUUGUAAAGAUAACUAAAUGAGAAAACAAUGAACAGUGAAAUUCCAUUAGCUUACGUGUGGCAACAGCUAGCAUUAGCAUUUAGGCAGGGCCAAGUGAAUAUAACAUCAGCUAGACAGUACAUUUCUGGAUAAUAUACAUUGAUAAGCUAGGUAUUUAGGCUGUGAUUUUAAUGUGUAAUUGUAAUUUUAAAAGACUACCAAACAGUAGUAUUACCUUUAAGCCACUUUCUAGCUAAUAAUAAUAUUGUCAAUUGUAAGAUGUUAAUGAUCUUUUCAGUAGGGGAUUGGUUGAGAAAAGGUGAAAUUAUGAUGUCAGAGGAAAAUGGACCCUAAUAUGAUAAAUUCCAUGGUCACUUUUAGCUGAUGUUUUGUACUGAUGUAGAUCAGUUAUUUUUCUCGUAAUUGAAGACUUUGUUUAUUUGGUGAAAAACAAGCUAAAAAUUAAACAAUAUGUGUUGACAGUUAGAUAAAUGACUACUGAAAAGUAUUUUUGUGUCUUUUUGAUAAAUGUUAUUUAUGAAGAUACUGGUUUUGUUUGGGUGUUACUGAAUGUGCCGCUUCAAAUGCAAAUUUAAGUUUUAACUGUUGUUGAUGGGUGACAAUGACUUAAGUGUAAUAUACCUCAUUUUGUUCUGGCCACUGACUUGACUGCCUGAAGUGUUCUGUUAUGUACCUCCUAAUUUAUAAAACCAUUAGCUUGAAGCUGCUGCUAAAGAUGAAGACCAGUUUAUGAUGGUGGUAAUGUGGUGACAUGAGUUUUAUUGAUGACAAAAAUGACUACUGUUUCCAUAUGAACAUGAAAAGAUGAGACUUUGUGGUUUAAAUAGUGAUUGUAAUAGAAAUUCUGGUGAAAUGAGAACAAAGACUGUUUUAG